AUGGAUUAUGCAAAUCAAGAGUCCAGCAGUACUGGGGACUUUGGUCUUGAUGUGACUCAAAUACCUGUGCAUGAAACGUCCUCUGGGACCAUCAUGAUUAACAAUCAGAGUAUUAUUGUAACUAUUGAAAAUGGAAUCUUGACCCUAUCCACCUCACCAGAGGGUUACGCUUACAAGGAGGAUGGUUUGACCAAAAAAGGUUCUGUAGUAAAGUAUAGAUGUCCCAAUCCGGGCUGUUCCAGCACCUUUGAUACCAGGCAAAAACUCAAAAUCCACUUGGUUCUGCACACAGAGGACCAGCGUCCCUUCAAGUGCACUGUGGAGGGAUGUGAUUGGUCCUUCACGACAUUAUACAAGCUGAAACGCCACCUGCAAUCUCAUGACAAAGUGCGUCCUUAUAAAUGUGAAUGGGAAAACUGUGGUCUUCGCUUCACCACAGUUUACAAUCUAAAAGCUCACGUUAAAGCACAUAAUUUGGAAAAUGCAUUUAUCUGUGAAGUAGUAUGCAGUGAGAGGUUUCACACUGCCACGAGACUCACUAAUCAUCAGAGAACACACUAUGAACCAGAGAGACCACAUAAGUGUGAGUUCCCAGGAUGUGAGAAGACCUUCAUCACUUUCAGUGCCCUGUUUUCCCACAACAGGACACACUUCAGAGAAAUGGCUCAAUUCACUUGUACCUAUCCUGGCUGUGACAAGCGAUAUGACAAAGCUUGUCGACUCCAAAUACAUCUCUGCAGUCACACUGGUGAACAAAUAAGCAUAUACUUGGAUCAGUGGCGUAGCCAGGGGAGGGGCCAUGGGGGCACUGGCCCCUCCUGAAAACUGAUUGGCCCCCCAGUGUGCCC